GUCCAUUGGCUUUCUAUUCUUCCAACGCCGGGGCACAGUCUAGGGUUCUUCGAGGGAUUUCUUGGAGCGAUUCUAGCACAAGGAUUUUCUCGGCGCCAUGUCGAUUGCCGAGACAGCUGCGGGAUGGGGCAGGGACAUUUUCGACCGCUGGACAGGUUUGGGGCGAAGCUUGCAUUGCGUGUCCGUGGAGAAAUUUGAGGCGUCGGAGGAGAUUUUGCCUCGCACACCGCUCCUCAAGCCACGGAAUCUGGCGGUUUCUAGCCCGCCUCCUCUCUCACUACCGCCGGCAAUGCGGCUGAAUUUGUCGCCAUUGCAAUCGCAAACGCUGGCCAACGCGUUCGGGGGAUUUUGUAGCUAUGAGAAUUGCUCGUCUUGCGUCGCGCCUACUCCGACAAGAGGAACUCCAAGAAGCCCUCUCCUGGAGCUCAAGACAGAGAUUAACAGAUCUAGCUCGCCGGAUACGGAUAGCAGUCCAUCGCUGGGAUUUCGGGCCAAAGCAGGGGCCGCCAGCAAGAGGAUCAAGGGGAAUUCUCCUUCUUUUCGAGGAUUGUCGCAAACAAAGUGGGGUGGUGACAAGGUGGCCAAAGAAAACACUGAGAAGCAAAUCACAGUGACAGUGGUUUCGCCUUUGAAGAGGAAAAGACCUCCAAAGCUGCAAAUUCCCAGCUCGGGUGGUGAGUCGGAGGUUGUCAAGCCGGAUCAUAAGGACGUUCCAAUGGAUAUCUCAGCGGAGGGAAAAGGCUAUGGAAUUCACAGCAAAAAGGGUCACAGAGAAGUUCUCGAGGAUGCGUAUCAAGCUGUUCUUGACAUUGAUGGAAACUCGAGACAUGCUUUCUUUGGAAUUUUCGAUGGUCACGGGGGACGCGUAGCGGCCGAGUUUGCUGCCGACAACUUGUCCCGAAACAUCCGUGAUGCUCUUGACAAUGGAGAACGCGACUUGGAAGCCGCUGUGAGAGUGGGAUAUCUUUCAACGGACGCUGCGUUCCUUAAGAAGCAACUUUCAAGUGGAGCAAGCUGCGUCACAGCCUUUAUACAGGAUGGAUCGCUGGUGGUCGCAAAUGCUGGAGACUGCCGUGCAGUGAUGAGUAGAAAUGGAGUCGCUGUAGCUCUCACAGAAGAUCACAGGCUUGCUCGCGAGGACGAGAGACGAAGAGUGGAAGAUCUGGGUGGCUACGUUGAUUUGUACUCGGGUGUUUGGAGAUUACAAGGAGUGCUGGCGGUGUCAAGAGGCAUUGGUGAUAUCCAUCUCAAAAGAUGGGUGUCCGCAGAACCCGAGAUCCAAAAGCUCGCCGUCGAUGAGGAUUGUGAGUUUUUGUUGCUAGCAUCUGAUGGGCUUUGGGACGUGGUGUCGAAUCAAGAGGCUGUAGAUUGCGUAGGAGACGAGAUUAGAUCGGCAGAGAUGAGUAGCGUUGGAGGAUUAGCAGCGUCGACGAAGAAACUGGCCGAGCUCGCGGCGAGCAGAGGUUCUCAAGACGACAUAAGCGUCAUGGCCAUCGACUUGAGACAUUUUCGAAAUCUUAGGGCGGACGUGUCGCAUUGACGUGUCCGUUGACUUCUCACGUGGCAGAUCCGUCGGCCCAGGCGGCAGAUCUGGGCAUUUUUGGCAUCCGACGGCUAUGGAUAAUUGAUGUGCUGGAAAAGUGAAAAUGAAAAGGCGGAUGACAGUUGUUUUUCC